UGCUCCUUUUGAUUUCAGUCCAUACCAACCCCUCUCUUUGUCCGUGGGGCGGCAAACCGUCCCGCAGCUCCGUGAUCCGAAGUCUUCCCAGAGUUCACCCGAGAAGAGUGGGACGCCCUAUUCCCCUUUAAGGAAACUCCGCCAUCUAGAGGCAGCUAGACUCCUCCCUACCUGGAUGAAUACGCACCAUGAAGAUGAUGCGGGUUUCGAGGCAUGCAGGAUGGAAUCGUGUUCUUGUUUUUAUGGCGUUUCCAUUACAAUAUUCAAUUUGAUUUGGCGUGACUGCGCAACGUGGCAUUAUUCUCGCGAUCAAUUGAUGGGCUUUGGGGCCUCAAGGGUGCCGGUGGGUUACUGAAUACUACCAAGUAUUUGACAUACCCCGCAGUUGCAAAAGGGUGGAUGGACUGUAUGAACGAACGAUCAAGCCUGGAUACGGGCGAGCAAGUGCGCCUAUACGGCUAUUUGUCUAUCGUCUGAAGGGUAUAAAGAUGCAGGCGCGGGCCCAUCCUCAUUUUGUUUUUCUUUUCUUGCCUUGUUCCAAAUAUCAAACAUGCUAUCAUUUCUCUCAAGGUCAAUUCUCAUUGUAGCAUUCGCAAACGUUCUUGUGCUUUGCAGUGCAAACCCCCACUCACAUCAAAGAUACUCAAUCAUGAGCUCAUUCAACAUCAAGGCGGCGCCUGGCACCGACAUCUGGCGCAAACCGCCCACCACGGACGUUUACAACGCCCCGACCCAUGCACCCGCCGGCACCAAAACCACCGCCCCGCUCUCCAAGUUCAAGUCGGCGCAGGUGAGCUUCACCUUUAAGCCGACGGAGCAGUACGACCAGGGCGGCGUCGUGCUGUCCUUCACCCCGCCGGAGGGCCAGGGGAACAGCACCUCGCCCAAGAAGUGGGUCAAGUCGGGCGUGGAGAUGCUGAACGGCACGCCGCUGCUGGGCACGGUGGCGACCGACAGGUGGGCCGACUGGUCGAUCAGCCCUGUGGCCUUGAAGCCAGACGGCAAGACGGUGGACGCGACGAUAUUCCUGCAAAAGGAGGGCGACGAGAACGGCGUCAGCCUUUGGGUUUACGGCGUCGGAGCCGACGGCGUCAAGAAGACGCUCAGGGAGAUCUGCUGGGUCUUUGCCGAUGAUAUGAAGGACUGGGAGCUCAAGGUCGAGGCCUAUGCUGCCAGGCCGAAGGGGUCGACGGAGGAGUUGGAUGUGGAGUUUGGUGGCUUGGAGGUCACGUGGAGCGAGUGAUUUGAGUCGGUGUUUUGACUGGAUUCACGGUGUAACUUGUGUUGUGAAAUAAGAUUGUGUUGGUGGCAUGCCGACUUUGGCGACAGUCAAUUGUGGAAGAUGUGACAGUUUGACGGAUAGCAGUGGCACCUCAACCUUUCUUAUUGCGCCAGGGUUGGGGUUGCGGGAAGUACAGACAGGACCAUUUCGUAGGGAGGAUUGACUAGGUGGUCAGAUCCACUCUUGAGGAACGACUCGGUCCCUUGCCCCACUAUUUUGGGGACAGCCUAGCCUUAGCAGAAACAGCUAUGUGUACCUUUAAUUAUUCUUCAACACCAAAGCCAAAUCGUCAAGAACACAUCGCCCAUUGUCACCGCAACACCCACGCGCCUGCUCUUAUUCUUCCUCUCCACCAGGAACCCGAUCACU